AUGUUCACCUUUACUCCACUGAUCGGGGCACAGUCAUCGUCCUCGAAGGCAUCGCAAUCGAUUCUUGAACUCGAUGGAGGAAUCAAAAUCUUGGUAGAUGUUGGUUGGGACGAUAGCUUUGACACCCGUGAUCUGGCAGAGCUCGAGAAACAUAUCCCGACGCUUUCGCUCAUUCUGUUGACCCACGCGACCCCCGCGCAUAUCGGCGCUUUCGUUCACUGUUGCCGAACCUUCCCUCUUUUCACCCAAAUCCCCAUUUAUGCCACGGCCCCCGUCGUUGCGCUUGGUCGCACAAGCCUGCAAGACCUUUAUGCGUCAGCGCCGCUCGCUGCCACCUUCCUGCCAAAAGGGUCGGUCUCAGAGCCCGGCGCAUCCGCUGCUGCAUCCGCAGUAGUCCCGACAGAAGAGAAUGGAGAGAACCCCGAAGCUGCUGGCAGCAACGGCCGAAUCCUACUCCAGCCACCUACUACGGAAGAGAUUGCUCGAUACUUCUCCCUCAUCAUACCCUUGAAAUACUCGCAACCUCACGAACCGCAUCCCUCUCCGUUUUCGCCGCCCCUGGACGGGCUCACCCUUACCGCCUACAAUGCUGGCCACACGGUCGGUGGUACAAUAUGGCAUAUUCAGCAUGGCAUGGAAUCAAUCGUCUACGCGAUGGACUGGAACCAGGCGCGCGAAAGCGUCGUGGCAGGAGCUGCAUGGUUUGGUGGCUCUGGGGCCAGCGGAACGGAGGUCAUUGAACAAUUGCGGAAGCCAACAGCUUUGAUCUGUAGUGCAAAAGGAGGUGAUAAGUUUGCCGUUUCCGGAGGGCGGAGAAAGAGGGAUGAUCUUCUCCUCGAGAUGAUUCGGAACACUGUUGCCAAAGGCGGAACUGUUCUUAUUCCAACAGACACGAGUUCUCGUGUUCUGGAGCUAGCCUAUGCUCUGGAGCAUGCCUGGCGCGAUGCCGCAGCAAGCGAUAAGGGGGAUACCCUCCAAGCUGCGGGUCUUUAUCUGGCCGGCCGGAAGGUCAAUACUACCAUGCGCCUCGCCCGGAGUAUGCUCGAAUGGAUGGAUGAAAACAUUGUUCGUGAGUUUGAAGCUGCUGAAGGUGCGGAUGCAGCCACUGGCCAACGGUCUGGCGGACAAGGACAAGAUAAAGGCAAUGCAAAGGGCGGUGGACCUUUCACAUUCAAGUAUCUCAAAACUAUCGAGCGCAAGAAGCGGCUCGAAAAGCUGUUGGCAGAUCAAGGACCCAAGGUCAUCCUCGCUUCUGACACCUCGUUGGCUUGGGGCUUCUCCAAGGAAUCCCUUCGAAAAAUUGCCGAGGGCCCUAACAAUCUACUGCUGUUGACCGAGUCGUUCCGCAAGCAAGCAGCAGAUCUAUCUAACAACGCCUCUCUCGGAGCAAAACUGUGGGAGUGGUACGAAGAGCGAAGAGAUGGUGUCGCCUUGGAAAAAUCGUCGGAUGGCGAGUUGCUGGAGCAGGUCCACAGUGGCGGGCGAGAGUUGACCUGGUUAGAUGUGCAGCGAGCUCCCCUCGAUGCCGGUGAGAACCUCGUCUACCAACAGUAUCUUGCAACCAAGCGGCAGCUUGAGGACACUUCCCAAACCCGCGGCCAGGAAACUCUCGAGAAUGCAGCCGACGCUUUGGAUGAUGGAUCCAGCUCGACUUCUUCAGAAGAUUCAGAUGGAGAGCAACAGGGUCGAGUUUUGAAUUUUUCCACCUCACUUGCUCAUGCAAACCGAAAUAAAUUGGCUCUCAGUGACGAAGAUCUGGGAAUCAAUAUUCUUCUACGACGAAAGAAUGUAUACGACUACGAUGUGCGCGGCAAGAAGGGACGUGAGCGCAUGUUCCCUUACGUCGCACCGAGAAAGAAAAGUGAUGAAUACGGCGAGUUCAUUAGACCGGAAGAAUACCUUCGAGCGGAAGAGCGCGAAGAAAUCGACAUGCAGCAACGGCGAUCUGAUGCGCAGACUAAGCUGGGUCAGAAACGCCGAUGGGAUGAGACAAGUGCCUCCAGCGGUCGGAGACUAUCUGGAGGAGCCGCAGGUCGCAAGCGCCAGCAGUUGAGGGAUGGCGAGAAGGCCAAUUUGGGCAUGAACGACGACCUCAGUCUUGCAGACGACGGCGAAGCCGCCGAUGCUGCAGCCUCAUCAGAAGACGAGGCGGAUGCCCAAGGAUUCGAGGGACCCGCCAAGGCGGUUUACACAAAGGGUUCGCUCACCAUCAAUGCUCGCAUCGCCUUCGUCGACUUUAUGGGCUUGCAUGAUAAGCGUAGUCUGGAGAUGUUGAUUCCUCUUAUUCAGCCUCAAAAACUGAUUCUUGUCGGCGGAAUGAAGGAAGAGAUAUCAGCGCUUGCGAUUGAAUGCAGAAAGCUCCUGGCUGCCAAGGCAGGUGUUGAUGCUGCUUCCGCCGCAGCAGAUGCGGCAGCGAUCAUCUUUACUCCUGCCAAUGGCGAAGUUGUUGACGCCAGUGUCGACACGAAUGCCUGGAUGGUCAAGCUCAGCAAUACCCUUGUGCGACGCCUUAAAUGGCAACAUGUCCGCAGCCUUGGUGUGGUUGCACUUACCGCGCAACUGCGAGGACCGGAGCCCCUUGUCGAAGAGGAUGCAGAUGAUGAAGCCACCGGCAAGAAGAUGAAGUUGGCGGAUGACCAAGCCGCCUCCUCUGUAGUCACUGGCACUUCAAAGAAUGCGGACAAAUCCGAUACCCUCCCGCUUCUUGACACACUGCCUGUCACCAUGGCCGCCGGUACCAGAUCUGUGGCCCGCCCACUCCAUGUGGGUGAUCUCCGGCUGGCUGACCUUCGCAAAUUAAUGCAGGCAGCCGGCCACACUGCCGAGUUCCGAGGCGAGGGUACCCUUCUCAUCGACAAAUCUGUGGCUGUUCGGAAAUCUGGAACAGGCAGGAUUGAGAUCGAGGCAUCUGCAAAAGCAGCUACCAACCAGGCAGUCUUGGGUCGCAAUGCAGCCAGCUUCUUGGCAGUAAAGAGGAAGAUCUAUGAAGGCUUGGCUGUUGUGACGGGAAGUUGA